AUGGUGCGGGGAAGGCGGGCAGUGCCCCCGACCCGCUCAGCAUCGACGCCGGCCCGGGAAAAGUCCUGCGCAGAGGAGGGCCGAGGCCGGCCGGGGUCCGAUAGGAAAAGGAAGUUUUUAGAGACCGACCUGGCCCACGACUCAGAAGAGCUCUUCCAGGAUCUCAGCCAGCUCCAAGAGGCCUGGCUAGCUGAAGCUCAGGUCCCUGAUGACGAGCAAUUUGUCCCAGAUUUCCAGUCUGACAACUUGGUCCUGCAUGCCCCACCUCCAGCAAAGAUCAAGCGGGAGCUGCACAGCCCUUCCUCAGAGCUGUCGUCCUGCAGCCACGAGCAGGCUCUCUGCCCCGGCUACGGGGACAAGUGCCUCUACAACUGCUGUGCCUAUGACAGGAAGCCCCCCGCCGGGUUCAAGCCAUUAACGCCACCCACCACACCGGUGUCCCCCGUGCACCAGGGAUCGGCCCUGCCGCCGCCGGGCCCAGCCGUGCAGGCAGCUGCCCAUGGGGCAGCCCCGGCCCCACACCCACUGCAGGAGCAGAGGCAGCAGACCUUCGCCGUGCCGAGGCCACCUCACCCGCCCAUGCACAUGCCAAAGAUGAUGUCUGAAAACCAAUACCCCACAGAACACAGGUUUCAGAGGCAGCUGUCUGAGCCCUGCCACCCCUUCCCACCACAGCCCGGGGUGCCGGGGGACAGCCGCCCUGUCUACCACCGGCAGCUGUCGGAGCCCCUCGGCCCCACAACCCCCCGCCCCCCUCAGGGAUUCAAGCAGGAGUACCAUGACCCCCUCUACGAGCACAGUGGCCCCAGCCUGCCUGGCCCCCCCGGCCACAGCUUCCAGCCCCCCAUGGGCAUCAAGCAGGAGCCCCGGGACUACUGCAUUGACUCAGAAGUGCCUAACUGCCAGUCCUCAUACCUGAGGGGGGGCAUCUUCCCCAGCAGCCAUGAUGGAUUUUCAUAUGAAAAGGACACACGAUUGUAUUUUGAUGACACGUGCGUGGUACCGGAGAGGUUGGAGGGUAAAGUGAAGCAGGAGCCCACCCUGUACCGUGAGGGACCUCCCUACCAGCGGCGCGGAUCCCUGCAGCUCUGGCAGUUCCUGGUCACCCUCCUGGAUGACCCCGCCAAUGCCCACUUCAUCGCCUGGACCGGCCGGGGCAUGGAGUUCAAGCUGAUUGAGCCUGAAGAGGUAGCGCGGCGCUGGGGCAUCCAGAAGAACCGCCCAGCCAUGAACUACGACAAGCUCAGCCGCUCCCUGCGCUACUACUACGAGAAGGGCAUCAUGCAGAAGGUGGCCGGUGAGCGGUAUGUCUAUAAGUUUGUCUGUGACCCCGAUGCCCUCUUCUCCAUGGCCUACCCUGACAACCAGCGCCCCUUCCUGAAGACGGAGCCUGACUGCCCGGUGCCCGAGGAGGAGACUGUGCCGCUGACGCACUUCGAGGACAGCCCGGCGUACCUCCUGGAGAUGGAUCCCUGCAGCAGCCUUCCCUACGCGGAGGGCUUCGCGUACUGACUCAGCCAGACGGCAGAGCCACGAGCACUAGCGCCUCCACUUUGGGCAAAUAUGGUUUUGUAAAGAAUAUUUUUUUGCUGUUCGUAAGGAGAGGAAAAACAAAAAAAAC